UAUUUAUAAUAUGAGCGUCACGUGUCGCUUUCAACAAAAUACUCGUUUUCUUGUUCGUUUUCUAUUGUUUUUUUAAGUUGCUGAUAAGGCAAAUAUAAUACACACACGUCAUUCGGCCAAGCCCACAAAGUGUAUAAAUUUGCUUGUGUAUUUGUGUUUGCUAUUAAACCAAUACAGAAGUCAAAUAUUAUUUAAACGUUUGAAUGAGCGUCAGCUAACAACAGUCGAUACUCAGCUGCCGAUCGAGCAACAAUACUAUUUACAAUGAAAUUCAUUCUGGCUAUUUCUUUGCUGCUCUGCCUCAGCUUGAGCUACGAAGUUAAUGCAAGUUGUUCCGGGGAUUGCCCCGAGACUGAGGAUGUUGUUUGGGCUCUCGGCGGAGGUUGCAGCGUUUUCCGCAACAAGUGCUUCUUCGAUAAGGCAAAUUGCACACGCCGGCCAGCUCUCCAAAUUGUCACUAAAGAGGAAUGCCAAAAACAUUGCGCCUCUGCUUGCCCACAAAAUUAUGAUCCUGUUUCUGGUGACUACAAAGGACAAAUUCGCCACUUUGGCAAUGCCUGCGAAAAGAUUGUGCACAGCUGCCAAACUGGUGAAACUUUCCUAAACUAAACUACUAUACAAUGUCUGACAACAACUGCAUUUCAAAUUGUAACGAGUCUUUGAACCAAUUCGCUGUAACUGAAUUCGCCGCAUUUGCUUUGAAUGAAAUUCGCCAUCUCUCUUUUCUAUGCAAUGCAAUUCUUUGGAUUUCGUAUAUAAGCCUGAUUUAUUUACAAACGAUAACAAAG